CCUCAAGUUGGGCAGGUAGCCAGCUAGGCCGCGGCCAAUUUCAUGCUCGUGAAAGCCAACUCAUUGUCCUUGAGCUACCCAACUCGCUCACCAAAACCCGGUCUGCUCACUCUCUCAGCUCUCAAAUCCAUCCCGCCAAAGCACCGAGCAGGUUCCCGCUAAAUCGAUGCCUGAUGCCGCCCGAAUCUGACGUCAUCUCGCCGGUGGAGGCAGUCUCCAAGUCGCUUCUCGACAAGCCCCUAAACCAACUCACUGAUGACGACAUUUCUCAGCUCACUCGCGAAGAUUGCCGCCGGUACCUCAAAGAGAAAGGUAUGAGAAGACCGUCGUGGAACAAAUCGCAGGCGAUUCAACAAGUGAUUUCGCUGAAAGCGCUUCUCGAAAUGCCGCCGGAUUCUGACUCCGGCAGUUACAAGAAGCUGUACGCUCCUCGGUCUCCGAGCACCAGUAAUAAUCACGAAUCCCGUGUCUCCAAAGAAACGGAUAUAGAUGCAGAAAUUUCGGAAUCAGCAGAAGUGAUGCCAUUUAGGGGAAAAAAUCUGGAAAAAACUGAUCUUUUUGGUGACCUACCAGCUCAUCCUGCGGGUGCUGUCAAGGACUCAGCUCCAUCUAGAAGCACAGAGUCAACAUGUAUUCCAGCUAGGCAAAUGGCAAUCUUCUAUUGUGGCAAGGUGAAUGUCUAUGAUGAUGUGCCAGCUGAUAAGGCACACACACUCUUGCAUUUUGCUGGAAGCACACUCCCUGUUCCUCCUGACUCUCCAUAUGAUGGUGCUGUAACUGCACAACAUUCAGUGUGCCAUUUACAAGCUGCAAAUGUUAAAGUAUGCCAAGAGUAUGCAGUGCCGCUCUCACCAGCAGUGCAAACAGUGGAAGGCCCAACAAGCAGAAAAGCAUCAGUUCAGAGAUAUCUUGAGAAGCGAAAAGACAGGUGAAGGUUCAAGAGCAAGAGUAAGGUAGAAACCACUUCAACGUCUAGCUUAGACAUCUACUUGAACCAUCAAAUGGGAAGUCAUACCUCCAAUUAGCACUCAAAUGUUAAAGACUGAAUGUCGAAAGGGACAGUACACUUUAUGUAUAGUGUCUUCAUAUUAUGAAAGCUGCGGAUUCAAUUUCAGGUUGUAGCAUGUAGGUGGUUGACUAAAAUUGAGGAGCUACAUUGAUGUAAGAAAUUUUCAAGUACAUACUUGUCUUGAAUUUGAUAUCUGUGCUAAGAAUGUAGCUAUUCUUCAACUACAAGAAAGGUUCUGAGCGAGCUGUUUACCAGCCAUAAGCUCCUUCCCUGUAAAAUGCCAUUCUUUUUUGGGGUCAGAAGUAGCACUUCCCUCUUUCAAUGGCAGUUGCCAGUCGGUCUCUGGUUACCAGUAAUGUAAUGAAGCUAUGCUUAUAUUUUCUGCAUGUGAUGGUAAUGAUCUAGAAAUUUUUUUGCCAA